GCCCCAGCCCCCGCCAUUUCCUGCUCCUGGGAUCUCUGUCUUGGAGACUGGAGAGAUGAAGGCCUCGGUGCUCUUAGGAGGGACCCUCCUUUUUUUGUUCUUUUGGAAUUCUUCUGAGUUCGAACAAGCGGUGAUUUCCGCCUGCUCCGAUGACUGGCUGGUGGUCAGAAUGAAAAGGCGGCCUUUUGGGAAUGACACAGAAGUUAAAGUUGGUGAAAUACACCUGGGAAAUAACUGUCCUGUGACAAAGAUGCUGUUGUCGAACUAUGAGUUUUCUUAUUCUGUCAUUAAUUGUGGGAUCAAGAAAAUUGUGUUCCAAGAGAGUGAUGCUGUCAUAUUGUCCAAGCUCCAUUAUAAGCCAACGUUGCAGACCGCCUAUGAAUUUGAGGUGCUUUGCUUUGUGAAGAGACUUUUCAUCCCAUCUCUGUUGCCAUUUGGAAUGAAUGGGCAUGAUGUCAAUACUGUGGGCAACAGAUCUCAAGGAAGAGAAAGGCAGCAGCCACCAGCUGCUUCACAAGAUAACUGUGAACCCAGCCUUGGUGCUGUGAGUAAGAAACAGUUCACCACAAGUUACUGCAACAAUAAUGCCUAUGUCGUGAGUUGCUCUUCUCCUUAAAACACAGGAGCAAGUGGUCCAUUCUGUGUGGGAGCCAGUUUCAGUGAUACACUAUUCUGUUGGCCAAAGAUGGGUAGCAAUACCUGUUACCUGUUUAAAUACCUUCUGGAAUUCUGGAGAGUGCAUAUCUAUGACAUUUAAACUUCUAAAUGAGUUAAAGUGUAAUUGCCACUCUUUGAGAAGUCAAAUUUGUAAUAAAGCUGCUAACAAAGUUUUUUGUAUUCUGCAUAUAUAUAUACUCUUCUAACA